AUGUCAACUUUUAUUAGUUAAAUUUUUGCUUCUAUCAAAUGUGUUAAUCAUAAGUAGAAGACUGAAUUUAUUAAUUUAUCAUCUUCAUUAAACUAAAACUAAUCAAGACUUUUAUGUCAAAAGUGUGAUUUUAAUAUUAAUUGUGAUAAUGUUUUUGAAAAAAAUGAGGUUGUCGAAUUUUUAGAAAAUAUAUAAAUUUAAUAAAAAAACCUUCAAGAAGAUUAUGAUAAAUAAUAUAAUUUGUUUAGGUAAUUAAAGGAUUAGAUUAAUGGUUAUUUAAAUUCCAUAGAAGAAUAAUUCUAAUAAGAAAAAUAAAGUAUUUUAGAAAUUUAAAUUAUAAAACCAGGCAAUACUUUUGAUUUAUUUCUGUAAAAUAAUAAUGGAAUGAAUAUUGACUUAAUAAAAAAAAUGAGUGAUUAACUUAGUUAAUUAAUUAUAUAAAAUUAAGAUACUUUAUAAUUAAAAACAGAAUCAAUUAUUUAGAAAGAAGAAGACUUAUGGAAAUUAAAAUAAAAGAUUGAAAAAUUAUAACAAUUUGAACAAUUAAUCAAUAAAAGAGAUAGUUAGAUUUAUUAAUAAUAACAAUAAUUAUCAUAAUUAAUGUUAUCAACAACAUAAUCAUUUAUUAAUAUAUAAGUUAAUUUUAUAAAGACUUAUGAAAAAAAGCUUGAUGAAUAAAUAAUUUAUGAUUUAAAAUUUAAUAAUAAUGGGAAUAUUUUUGUGAUUGCAAGUAAUUUAAUUGUAGAUACAAAUAGUUAUGUUUAGAUUUAUUAGAAAUAAAAUGGAGAAAUUAUACUGAUAUAAAAUAUAGAAAUUCAUGAAGGUGAUGUUAGAUAAAUUUGUUUUAAUUCAUAAGAUGAUAAUUUCUUUACAGCAUGUUAGGAUAAAAAAAUACGUUUUUGGAAAUAAAAAGAAUAAAAUAAAUGGAGUUUAGAAUAAGAAUUAAUUGAACUUAAUUCACCUGCUAAUUGUAUAAUUUUGAAUAAUUCUUAAAAUUAUUUAGUAGCAGGAGGAGAUUGCUUAUAUUUUUGGAAAUUAGUAAAUGGUAAAUGGACACAUGAUAAUUAAGAGAAAGAUUGUGGAUAAAGAAUAAAAACUUUAAGUUUUAAUUUAAAUGAUUAACUUUUAGCAGUUGGAUAUUAAGAUUAUUCAAUUAGGAUAUUUGAAUAUUAUAAUGAAAAAUGGAUUUAAAAAAUGUAAAUUUAAAAAUAAGCAAUGCUAAUUAAUUUUUAUAAUGAAAAUGAUUUAGUUGGAGUACAAAGAAAUGGUUAUUUUAAUUUUUAUGAAUAUGAUAAUUAAAUUUCUGAUUAUUAGAUUAGUGAGAUAUAAUUGAAUGAAGAGAAUGAAAAUUAUAUAGCAGAUUUUUGUAUAUAAAAAAAAAUAUUUGCAUUGUCAUAAUAAGGAAAAGGUCCAAUAAAUCUGUUUAUGGCAAAUGAAAAUAGAGUAUCAAAACCAUUUUAAACAAUUCCAUUUUAAGGUGAUUAAUUGUUUUUCUCAAAUAAUGGAAAUCAUCUUGCAAUAAUAUCAAAUAAAUAAUUAUUCAUUUAUUAAGAUGAAGGAGAAAGAUAUUGA